GUUGCUAUGAGGAGAGGAGUCAGCAAUGACUGAUGUGGAGCCUGUGGUCACAGAUUUUGCAGCAUCAGGACGGGCAGGCCGCCGGAAUGCCUUACCAGAUAUUCUGGGAUCUCCUGCUGGCGCUGGGACUUCAGACCUGCCACACAAACUGGCUGAGCUCUCCGUUUCAGAAGAUGAAGGAGCAGAGGGUGGAGAAGUGCCAUCAUCCAAACCCUUGCUGGAAAGUCAAGAGAUGGAAGGAAAAAGCAAUGAUUCCUAACACCUAAGGACUGCUGGAUUAAUGAAACCCAUCGACAGACUUUCCAGUUUCCCUGUGUCACCCCUUCUGAAGUGUGGUAGCAACUUUAGUAGCACAGAAAAGAUUUUGCAAUGCACUUGUACCUAUAUGAUACUAACAUGGAACUACUGUUUUUUCUACUGUCAUCCUUCAAAACCAAUGUUCUACACAUCCAAAUGGGAAGAGAACUAAAGAAUAUAUCUCUUAUUUUGGGUUUUCUCACAGUUAUGGUACUCAUCCUAACUAAUCUUCUUUGACAGUUUCAAUUAAUAUACCUAGCAGAUGUAUCACCAACUAAUGAUUGCUUCAAAAUAAAAAUCCUGGGUUUUAAUUUCCCAAAGUAGCUUCUUCCUCUCUGACACAGAGGUGUAUUCAUUCUCCCCACCUUAAGAUGAUAUUAAGUAUAUAUUAAGUACCAACAUUAUCUGUAAUUUAUCUCCUGAGAUUUUUGUUCUCAUUAGGAAUACAUAGAUGGGUGUGAGAAAUUAACCAAUU